UUGGUAUCAGGUAGAAGUAAGACGCGUUAAAAAAAAAGUCGUUAUGGGAUGGUUUAGAAAUAGAAUUCGAAAUUUCACUAUUUUCAGGUAUUCCUGAAUCGUCGAUUAGAAAACUUUCGAUGAACUUUUUGUUGUAGUUUAUGUGUUUUUGAAACGGCUUAAAAUGCCACCGUUAUUGACGGAACAAAUCUCGAAUUAUUAUAACCCAGAAAUACCAAAUGAUUGUAUAUGUCGCAUCAAGUGUGUUUUGGUUGGAGAUGGUGCUAUCGGUAAAACGAGUUUAAUUAUUGGAUACACCACAAAUGGAUAUCCCAAGGAGUACAGGCCAACAGCCUAUGACAAAUAUUCAGUAACAGUGAAUGUAAAUAACCAACCAAUACGAUUACAGAUUUGUGAUACAGCUGGACAAGAUGAUUUUGAUGCUUUAAGGCCGCUUUGUUAUCCUCAUACUGAUGUUUUCAUCCUCUGCUUCAGUGUUGUUUACCCUACCUCUUUCUAUAAUAUUGCAGAGAAGUGGAUAUACGAAGUACGGCACCACUGUCCCAAAACGCCUAUCAUAUUAGUUGGUACUCAGUGUGACUUACGGACAGACAUAAAUGUUUUAAUUGACUUGGCAGACUAUAGAGAACAGCCCAUAAGUAAGCAUCAAGCAGAAGCUUUGGCUUCCCGAAUUGGAGCUGUCUCUUAUGUUGAAUGUUCUGCAGUGACACAGAAAAACCUGAAAGAGGUUUUUGAUACUGCACUCUUAUCGGCAUUGAAAACCAGAAGACCAGAGAUAAUGUCCUCAGAAAAGUAUGAGGAUAAGUCAAGAAGUUGGAAACUAAGUGACAAUCAAGGUUAUGUGAGUUUUGAAAGGAAGAGAAGUAAGCGUGGGUGGAGAAAACUUUGUUGUUUCUCUUAAAAACAUUGAAAUUAGUUUCCUUAUAAUUGAAGACAAACCAAUGACAUAAGUGCUUUUGUUUUAAUAAUGCUAUUGUUAAAUUUCAACUUUGGAUAAACAUGGUUAACCAAUUACAGGCAAGUUAAAAUGUGAAUCUUCAGAGUAGAUACCUUUGCUUUAUGAUUCAUACCAAGUCAAAUGUUCUUAAGAAGCGCAUGAUUAAAAAUAAAAAAUAAAUAAAUGCCUUUGUGCAAAAAGUAACACUAUAAACAGCAUUAUAUAAGUGAAAUUUCCAAAAAAUUAAAGCUUUUUAAAAAUGUAUUUAUAUUUUUUAAAUCUUAAACAUUGAUUAAAUGCAUAAUGAAUAGUUUAAAUAAUUAAUUCCGAAUUAAAAGUAAAAAAAAAUAAUUUACUUU